AUGUUCAAAAUCCUCCUAUUUUUCGUCUUAUUUUCUCUUUCAAAUUGCGUUGAGCAAUCAAAAACCUGCCAAAUUUGUCUCAAACUUUUGGAGCAACGUGGCGGCUCGUCGAGUCUUGAGAAUUAUCUUCUAGCGGUAAUUAGCUCUAUGAAAUUAGCCCUAAUUAAUUAAUUAAUUCAGGAAUGUGAAGAGUUGAAAAAAUCUGGUCAUGGAAAUCGUUUUGAGGAGUGCAAAGAGAAUGCGCGGAGAAUGAGAGCAAAAACUGAGCAAUUUUUGAGCAGUGAGCCCACGAAUUUUUUUGGAGCUUGUAAAAUUGCCAAAAUGUGUUGA